AUGUCAAAGGAACGUUCAGAAGAAGAAUGGCGUGCAAUCUUAUCACCUGAACAAUUUCGUAUCAUUAGACAAAAAGGGACUGAAAAAUCGGGUUCUGGUGAAUACAAUAAAUUCGAUGAAAGAGGAGUUUAUAACUGCGCUGCAUGUGAUACACCACUUUAUUAUUCCAAUACUAAAUUCAAUUCAGGAUGUGGUUGGCCCGCAUUCUUUGAGGCUAUUCCAGGUGCUGUAAAUCGUAAAGAAGACAAUACAUUUGGAAUGAAGAGAAUCGAAAUCACUUGUGCUGCAUGUGGUGGUCACUUGGGUCACGGGGAAGGUUUUAAUCACACACCAGAAGAUGAAAGGCAUUGUGUGAAUAGCGUUAGCCUUAAAUUUAAUUCAAAAAAUUAG